AUGGAUAAAAGCACUUUUAAAUUACUUAUUGGUGCAACAGGAAGUGUUGCAGCUUUAAAAAUACCUUUACUAUUAGAAUCUUUGAUAAAAUUAAAUGGAAUCCACCAAUAUAAGUUUGAGAUUUCUAUUGUAGUGACGGAGCAUGCGAAACACUUCUUCAACAGCUCAGAACUACCUCCUGGUGUUACUGUUUAUGACGAUGCCACAGAAUGGAAUAGUUGGAAACAAAGAGGUGAUCCUGUGAUUCAUAUUGAGCUUGGAAAAUGGGCAGAUAUGUUGAUCAUAGCACCUUUAGAUGCCAAUACCUUAGCAAAAAUGGCUCAGGGUCUGUGUGAUAAUCUAUUGACUUGCACUACCCGUGCUUGGGAUAUAAACAAACCAUUGUUAUUUUGUCCUGCAAUGAAUACUAGAAUGUGGGAGCAUCCGAUAACAUUGAAACAUAUACAGAUAUUAAAGGAAUGGGGCCACGAAGAAAUACCACCAAUUAAUAAGCAACUUAUUUGUGGAGACACUGGAAUUGGAGCAAUGGCAGAAGUUGGCACUAUUGUAAACAGAAUAAAAUAUAUAGCUGAUGAAAAGAUGCUUAAUUUUAAAUGUUAA